AUGAAGCUAUCUGCGAAACCCAUUUCGAGUCCAGGUCGCACAGACAAGUUCCCUCCCCCACUCAUGAGGUUUCUCAGAAGCAAUGCGGGCAGCAGAAGCAGAAGGUCCAGGUCAAGCCCUAUGUUCGUACGAAAGAAAAACACCACCUUCGAAACCCACACCCAGGAACCCUCUUCCCCCAAGGUCACGUGCAUGGGCCAGGUCCGAGUCAAACGCGCUUCCAAACAACCCACCACCCAACCCGACUUAGCUCCCACUCGGUGCCGCCGCCGCCGCCGCCGCUGCUGCUGCUUCUGGAUCCGAAGGCCCAACAACCCCUGCCGCUGCAAUCCCCUCUGGCCCAACUGGCCCUUCUUCCGUCGAAAGCCCACCAAGCUCAAACAAGACUCCCAGUCCGAGCCCAAUUUCUACGCCCACGAAGAAUCGGAAUUACCGUUCCAAGAGAGAGUCAAUGUGGAUAAGGAUAGUGAUUUUGCUUCCAAUUCCAGCACUCCCCCGAGAAACGCUCUGCUUUUAACUCGCUGUAGAUCCGCUCCGUACAGAUCCUCCUCUUUGGCUAGUAGGUUCUGGAGUUCCCCCGUCAAGGACCAAGAAACGGAACUACAACACACUUCCGAGGGACCCCAAACGGAACCCGAAUUAGGGUUUCUAACAGAAAAAAUUGCUUCACUCACCGAACCAGAAAAGGUUGAGGAAGUUGAAACAGAAACAGAGUCUGUGUUACGUCCUACUGUACUCACUAGGUGCAAAUCGGAACCGGCGAGAACCGGACACAGACUUGACCCUCUGAUUCAGGCACUGCACCUCACGGGAAAGUUGAAUCUUUGA